AUGCAGAGCAACAUUAAAGGCGACAAUAGCGACGUCACCGACGACAACACGCCUGCUUUCGAUGACCUCUUUGACAACGACAAUGCCAAUCCUAGCCGGAAGGAUAUGGACAUCAGCUCGAGCGACGACGAUUCCGACCAUAAGUCAGACCUCGAGGAGAUUAAGCCAGUUCGCCCGCGCAAAUUCGGCGGCAGACACCUGCUUCCCAGCAGCGCCCCAGGCAGUUCCGGAGGAGCAGCUCACCGCCGACACCAAGAGCAUAUCGACAAGCUAAUGAACAGUCGCAUCACCGGUAGCAACGAUAAGGACGACAGUUUCAGCGGUACCUACGCUAACUACAGAUUCGACGGGCCGCUAUGCAGCCCGGAGCACACCGCAGGAGAGCAGCCCGACUUCGAUUGCUCCCGGCCCGAUAGCGACCAUCCGGAGUGGGAUCUUUUCCUCCGUGUCGAACGACUAAUCAACAAGUACUACGACGGCAUAGAAAGCGGCGAACUCGACGAGGAGAUAGCCGAUAACGACACUCUCGUUGCUGGCAACGGCAAGAUUACGACCCCCGUGACCGGAAAGGGGAAGGAGACUACCGGAACCAAGCGCGACAAGACCAAGGGUGAAUCUAACGUAAUCGGGGGACGCCCCGCCACCGGAGUCAGCGGCAAGCAGGCUAGAGUCGACGACAACAUAUCCGCAGUCGCCGCGAAUGCCGCCGCCACCUCGAUCGCCACAUCGAAGGAGGUCAACGAAAUCAAGGCCAAUAUAAACAAACUCCGCGAUCAGCUGGUCAACAAGGUGCGACAGAUAGACGGCGAGCAGAAGCAAAUCGUGAAGAAGGUCUCGAAGUUGCGACGGGAAUCCGACUACUAUCACAACGAAAUCGGCAACCAGGCGAUCCGAAUUACCGCCUGUGAGGCCACGAAGGAUGCAGUCGACGAGUACAACAAGAACCUCAAGGAGUUCAACGCCCAGAUAGAGAAGAUCGUGGUCGCAGAGGUGAAGAAGCAGCUGGCGGUCUGGCAGCCGGCUCCGGCUGUCCGCAAGCCAAAGGCAACCCCCGUCUUGGUCGAUCCGACCACCAAGAAGCGGGCCAAUCCGGCAAUACGAAACCCGGCCGCCCGCAGCAGCACCGCCGCCCGCGGAGGCAUCUCGAAGGCCAACGCUUUUCUCCAGCAGGUCGCCAAACCCGCCAAGAAGCGCGCUCCCGGACCCGCCAAGUCCACCGGCAAGACUAGCGCAUCCAACGGGGACGAGAUUAGCUGGGGCCAGAACUUUUUCGACGACGAGUAA